AUGGUCUCCAGGCCUCCGUCUGAGCCCGAAAGGGCGACCACGGCGACGAAGCCCCCUCUGCCUCCGGCUCCGAAGCCCUCGACAACAACCUCUGAAAAGGUUCCUCCCCCCGGACCCGAAGCUCUCCUUGUCGCGGAUGCGCCUGGUUCAACGGCGACUGUUGUCGCUCCGGCUCCUGCACCUCCCGCUGCUGUUCCCUCCGCCCAGCCAGUGCCGGCUGAACCCCAGGCUGAGCCUCAGGCGUCCCCUGCUGCACCAGCGGUGUGUGUCGCCGACCCCUCGGCUCCCUUGCCUGCGGGGCUUGUUGUCGCGCCUGAGUUGCCGACUCCUGCCUCUGCCUCGUCCCCGCAGGCGGCGUCCGCCACCACUGGCGGCCCUGCCCCGUUGGUUGCGCCGCCGGUUGGUGGACCGGCUGCACCUGCUGUGCCAUCGACUGCUCCUGUGGUGCAGAUGUCUCGCCCGCCGUCACCUGGCCGCCGCCCAUCUCGCCCUCAUUCUCCCGCUCCCCAGCAGGAUCGUCAGUCCUCCCGGCGUCGGCGCAAUUCUCCACGUCGGCCGCAUCAGCAAGCCCAGUGGCACGCGAACCGCGGCAGCCACAGUGGCUGGUGGGGUCCCCGCGGCCGCGGUGGUGGUGGGGCGUACGAUCCGCCGGUGAGGAUGGCGGAUCUGCAGCGGGCGGUGUUAACUGCGGUGCGUGAGGAGAGGGCCGCCCUGACCCAAGGCAGCUCUCACGCUGUCGUGGCACGUACUGCUCCCCGACAGGCUGUUCUUCCGGUGGAUCAGCCGCCUGCCGCUCCCGUCCCGCAUCAGAAUACUGCCCCGUCGCCUCCCGCUGCCUCUGCCUCUGCUCCUGUUCCUGGCUCUCGGCUUCGCCUCCCGCCCGUUCCGCCUGUGGCGGGAGUUGAAUUUGUGGCGGCGGGGGGGGGGUCGCAGUAUCCCCAUCCCGGGGUUGGCGGUUCUGCAACUCUUGCCCUCGAGGAGCCGUUUCAAUUUCUGGCGCAGGCAUUACAGCCUCCGCAGUCCCGCGUUCCAGAGGCCACUCUCGCCAAGCUCUUCCGCCUCGCGGAGAGCUUUCAUGCUCUGCUCCUGAUACAGGUUCUCGCGCAUUCGUCACUUCCCGCUGUUCCCCCCGAGACGUUCCAGGAUCGCCACCGCGAUUCGUGCCUGGAUGCAGCCGACCAGCUCGCAGUGCUGCUGGCGCCCGUGUUGGCUGCGCCCGUAGAGGGUGGAGUUGCGGCUGCUGGGCAGCUCGAUGAGGCUGGCCCACCAUAA